AUAAACAGUGAGAUUGAAAAGAGAAUUUCUUCUUUUGUAAACUGCCUUCUGAGCUUACAUUUUUCCCGUAAGUGAAUAAAUCUGUCUUCAUUUUCUGGGUUAAGGGAAGUAGACAACCCUUCGUUCUGUGUGUCUAGAUUCCGCAGACUUCCCUCCUCUUACACAGUGGAGCUCCUCACAAUUCACAUCUGGGAACUGGCAGGAAAGCCACUGUUGUUCAGCCUGGUGCAGGGAAUGAGGGCAGUCCUCAAACUUCUGGUUCGAUACACAGAAAUUGAUGUCGUUUGGCACAGACACUACCAUCCCAAGUUCCCCAUUUUUGUAAAGGUUAACCAGAAACACACCAGGCCCUUCAUUUUAGACCCCGUAAAUCCUACUGUCAACGUGUGUGACACCUGCAAUGCCUGGGACGAGGUUGCCCUGGUGGCGAGGCAUAGCCUGUUGAAGCCUCUUUUCAGCAGAGUAAGAGCUGAGCCCCCUUGGCUUUUCACAAACAACUGGUAAACUGGACAAGGAGCUA